AUGACCGUGACCGUUGACAACGCUAGUGCAAAUGAUAGUGGCAUUAGCUACUUGAGGAAGCAGAUGAAUAGUUUGAAAACUAAUAUUGCACUAGGCAAGUACCUUCACAUGAGAUGUGCUGCUCACAUAGUUAACUUGAUUGUGCAAGAUGGUUUGAAAGAAGUAGACACUUCCAUCAAACGUGUUCGUGCUGCAGUGAGAUUUAUUAAGAACGGUACAUCUAGAUUAGUCAAAUUUAGAGAGUGUGCUGCUUUGGAGAAGGUGGACAUGAAGGCAUUCUUGAGCCUUGAUGUUUGCACCAGAUGGAACUCCACGUAUGAUAUGCUGAAAGCAGCGUGUGCAUACGAAAAGGUGUUCACUAGGUAUGCAGAGGAGGACCCAUAUUACACAAUUGAAUUGAUAAGUGAUAAGGGUCCCGGUGUUCCCGAUGAGCACGAUUGGGACAAUGCAAAGAAAAUGGCUGACUUCUUAGGGCAUUUUGCUGAUAUAACUAAAAGGGUUUCUGCAUCUCUAAGUGUCACUGCUCACACCUUCUUUCACGAGAUUGGAGAAGUCAAUGUUUUGGUGAAUAAUUGGCUGAAUAGUACUGAUGUGGUUCAAGCAGCAAUGGGGAAAAGAAUGAAAGAGAAGUUUGACAAGUAUUGGGGGCAGUGGCAUGACAUUGUGGAGAAUGAAAAUGAGAUUGAUAAGGUGAAGGCAAAAGGGAAGGAAAAGGAGAAGGAGAACAUUAACUUGCUGAUUUUUGUGGCUGUUGUUCUUGAUCCUAGGUACAAGCUUUCAGAGUAUAUUGAACUUGUCGUUCAAGAAAUUUAUGGUGAGGGUGCUGGACAGAAGUUGUGGGCUGCACUGCAAAAGUGCUUGCAUGGCAUGUUUGAAGAAUAUAGGGCCAGCUAUUCAAGCAACCGGACGCCCCAAAGAAGUGAGUCACCACAACCUACACAAGGGGGAGGAAACACUAGAAUGAUGAAGGACGUAGUUGCUAAGAGAAUGAGGCUCAAUAAUGGCUCAAGUAGCUACAGCAGCAGCAGGGGCACUAGGACUGAAUUAGACAAGUACUUGGCAGAAGAGUGUGAAGAUGAAACAAAACAUUUUGACAUUCUUGCAUGGUGGAAAGGGCAGUCAUCUAGAUUUCCCAUACUAUCUAGAAUGGCUCGUGAUGUGCUGUCCAUUCCAAUCUCAACAGUUGCAAGUGAAUCUGCAUUUAGCUCAAGUGGGCGUAUACUAGAUGAUUUUAGAACUUCCCUCACUCCAUUUAUGGUAGAAGCUCUUAUCUGCACAAAUGAUUGGGUUAGGAGGGCUACACCAAUCAAUGUUGCUGAGAAUACUGAAGAGUUGUCUAAGCUAGAAGAAGAGCUGAUCCAGGAGUUUAAGGAUAAAGAAAUCAACGAAAACAAUGCCUCCAAGUCACAAGUUCUAGGGAGCAGGAGCAAGGGUGCGUUGCUGCCCCUGCCUGCUGUGCUGAGUGCUGACUGCUGUGCUGGUUUGCUGGAGCCUGCUGUGCUGUGUGCCAGUGUCUACUGUCAUUUGUGUUCUGGUUCUGCUAUUUGUUACAAUGUUACAUUAUCCACUCUAGUGUUCUGUGAUGGUUUGGAACUUCGGAUGUUGAUUUAUUGA